AUGCCAAAGAAUUUAAAGCCAGUAGUCAAUGGGGAACCACUGGUGAUUUUUUCAUACAAGAGUGACGGGAUCAGAGAGGUACAUCAGAAAGAUUAUAUGGGCGAUGGUGUGCCCAAAAAAAAAACCAGUUUGGAGAAGAGAGUUAUUGGAGAAUCAAGCAGGAAACGAGGUGAAAAUGGUAGGAAGUUUAAUGUAUGCAUGCCCUGGUGCUGCACACACAGCAACCAACACAGGGACUGGGAGAAGGGAGAGAAAGUGAAGAGCAGGCUGGAGGGGAGCGCGGGCUGCCCGCGCCCCCCGGACCGGCCAGCCGGCCACCCCGGCGCGUUUAUUUCGGACACACUCAGCUGUCGGCCGAUCCUCCCCGCCCAGCCGAGGGCGGCCAAGAAGAGCAAAGAGCCGCCGCCGCUCCCCAUCCCCAGCCGAGGACAGAGGAGCCAGCGGGCGGGCGAGGGAGCCCACAAGGGGGAUGGAGAUGGCAGCGUGACCAGCCAUGUUACCCGCAGCCUCAGUCUCACGCUGAGAAUAGCCGCACACACAUCCAUGAGCCCCGGGAGGACCCAUCCGACCGCACUUCCGACUCACCCCAGCCUGGGUCUUGGGCCGCCGACUCCCGCGUCCGUUUCAGAGGUGCAGUCGGAGCCCGUGCCAGAGGCGGGCUUGCCGCUGCUCCGAGAGCCGCCCGGGCCGGGGACACUUGGCCCGGUCCGUGCCCGUUCAGCCGUGGCACUUCAGCACCAAUUCACCCGUAGCCCCAGCGGCACCCCUACUCCUCCCUCCUUUUCUUCCCGUCACCUCAACAAUCCCUCAGGUUCUUCCGCUCAGGAGAUUUAAAAAAAAAAACCCAACAGCAUUCU